CUGCUUUUUCCCUGCAUCGUUUCCUGAAAGCCUUCCCUCUCCCUCCCGCGUGGCUCUUGAAACCCAAGGUAUCCGCCAGACCCCCUCGCUCAGUCCUUCCAUGCUCGACGACCUUCUCGCACUCACAACCACCCUCAUCCACUCGGACCGUGAGCAAACCCCAGGAGACGGCGGAACAUCGGAUUCAGCAACAGACGAUAUGCCUCCACGAAGCCGGCACUCCAAGUCCGCGAGUGUCGCAUCCAGCAGUGAUGCCACCGCAGCGGCCAAGGGAGCAGAUUCUGUCAAUGGCGGUAUGCUCCCUCCUGCGAGUGCGUCAGAUCGCGCGACGACAACGACGCGCAAACGGCGUGCGUCGCGCUCGACCACAUCUCCUCCCACCUCUCCCGUUGUCGUGAUUCCGGCCACGAGAAAGCCCGAGAGUCACCCUGCACCGCAGAGACAACGUCACUAUGCGAAACUUGUGGGAACGGUCAUUCUCAGCGUCUUACUCGAAACGGGGCUCCAGACAGCCGGGUCCAUGGUUGGACCAGGUGAUUUUGCUGCCAUCUCGAAAACAGCCGAUGCGUGGCCUGAAAUACUAGGGUUAUUGGCCUGGAAGAUCUUGAAAUUAGGCAUGUACUGGACAGCAGGAUUUGACGCCUACGACGUCGCCUCUAUGACGCUGCUCCUCUCGACCCCCCAGUCGAUUCUUCUCGGUCUAUUCUACGACAUCCACCCAUCCUCACUGGUGGUGACCACACUCUCCUCUAUCGUGGCCAACUCCGUACCAUACUUCCUCUUCCGAUCACUGUCUCCGUCCCACAAACCCAAUGCGGCGCCAAAGACGACCCUCCGUAACCGACCCAUCUUGACCGACCCGUACACCACGAUCGCCACAUCUCUCCUAGCAACCGCGAUAUUCGCUGUGCUUCUGGAGGCUAGUUUUGCGACGUUCCUCCCGAGAUGGCUGGUCACCCACUUCUCGGGACUGCGGUCUCUCGAAAAGGCGCACCUCGGAGCAGGAGGCCUCCCGAUCUUAUUGCUGGCGUUGAUCCCUGCUGGCGUGGCGGCCAUGGAAUACUUGUUUGCUCCGCCGACGGCUGCGACGAGCACAGUGCCACCGGCGCCGGAGUUCGACCCCAAGACAGCUGGCUUCGUAGGCCACGUCUACCACAACGCGUGGGGGUGGUACUCGCCGCGUCAAAAGUCCCUCAUCAGCCGAGCUGGACUUUUGGCCUACCUCAUUGUCGCCGAGACGAUCAUUCUCCUGUGGGGCACACUCAAAGGAAUCGACUUCCCAGGUGCUGCUGGUUACGCUGGUAUUUGGGGUGCGGGAGUCGUACUGGUUGGAGCAGCGUUGGAUUGGGUCGGCGGACCGAGUGAUUGAUUUUGAUUGAUGUUGAUUUCGUGUUGAACAAUGUGGCAAGGAUUAAUCAUCACUUGGGGAUUUUUCCCGCGUUCGGCGUUGGGCCUUUGCGGAUCAGAGGCACAGGUACGAAAAGUGUGGCUAUAUAUGCUACUCAGGGGCGCUCUAAUGGAAUGCCAGGGUAGAUGGGAGGCGUGGGCGGGUGCAUGGAGCGUUGUUGCGAUUGUGAUUUGAGUUCUAUAUGUAGGAUAUGCGAAGAAUGAGGGUUCCAAGAAUCACGGUGGUGGAAAGAAGAAGAGAAGGAAAGAGAUUGAUCGUGUUAGAUUCCCACAGUUUAUCAAAUACAAAUCCUAACCUCGUUGAAACCGAUGAA